AUGCCCACCAGGAUGCGCGGCGCCGCCGCCGGCGGCUUGGCCGACGACACGCGGGACCUCCAGCGCCAAAUGGGGUGCAUGGCCGGCAUAUUCCAGAUCUUCGACCGCCAGCGGCUCAUCACUGGGGCUGGUGGCCGCGCCGCCCGGCAGCAAAAGAGGCUGCCUCCGCCUUCCACCCCACCAGGCAAUACUCAUCCAAAGAGCAGUAGCAAUGUUCCAGUUCAAAGUUCAAGUACCUCAAAGAUUGUUCUGGAGAAAACAUUCAGCAAAUGUAUGACCGAGAACAGCAGCCUUUCAAUCGAAUCAUCAAGAGCUUCUUCUUCCUCCUCUUCGUGCUCAUCCUUCUCCUCCCUUGACGGCAACAAAUCAGUCCAACACGAGCUUCCUUACAUCAAUGAGGAGCUCUUUGUGCAGAGGUCACUGAAGAGCUCGCCAAGUUUGAAGGAAUCUGACAUGAACACCAAGUCUGGGCAUCCUAAUGUCGGUUUCAGAGACAUAGUGAAGGACUCCAUCAACCGGGACCCUGGAGGCCUGACUGUAAAAACCUCGGUGCAGGAGGCAAGAAGAAACGGGCAGUACAAGGACUCACCGAGGCCACUGCUGCUGUCCAAAUCAAUGGAUGGAACCUGUAUCAUUGGGAUCGAUAGGACCACAAAGGUUCCUGCAAAUGUCACUGAAUCUAGAAGGUGUUUGCAGGAGCAGUCACGCUUCUCAUGUGAUGACCGAAGACUCCUGCGGCCAGCUGAAACCCAGGAAAGCAAGAGGCCUUCCUCGAGGCCAAAAGAGCUUCCUAGAUUAUCCUUGGACAGUAGGAAGGAGUCUCUGAGUCCAGGCUCACGUCAGAAGAACCUCAGUUACAGGAGAACUGAUGAUAUUCUUCUGGAUACUUUGAGGCCUCAAGAUUCCCCCAGCCAUAGGAGAGCUAACAGUGUUAUUGCCAAGCUGAUGGGGUUGGAAGAAGCAACAGAUGCUACAGGGGUGCUGACUGCUGAAAACUGUGAACCCACAAGAUCACCGAGACCAGCUCAAGCCACUCACCAUGAGCAUCCAUCACGCUCCCCCAGAAGCACUUGCCAGGAUUCCUGCAGCAUGCAGCUGAAGAACGAGUUCUCAGUACUGAAAACCAAGCCUUCCCCACGAAUUGUCACAGAAGCAGCUCCUUGGAGGCAGCAGGACAGAAGUGCCACCAAUAUCAAGGCACAACAAUGUCGAGAAGCUGAAGGGAGGCCAAGAACUGCAUCUGUCUAUGCUGAUAUAGAGAGAAGGGUCGGGGGCUUUGACUUCUUAGAGUGUAAUAACAAGGACUUCAGGGCUCUCAGAAUAUUGGGUGCAUUGAACGCAAAAGAUGCUAAGAGCAAGAAUGACAGCAGUGGUGGAUCAGUGGCUAAUCACAGGACAGGAUAUGAUCUCACCACUAACUCUGGAACCGUCCAGGCUCCUAUUGUGGUCAUGAAGCCUGCAAGAACCACUGAGAAGCAUGGGGUUUCACUGGCUUCUGUUGCUCCCAUGGCAGGCCUCAGAAGCCUCAGAAAGUUGCCGGCUAGAUAUUCAUCUUUCACCGGCACAAAUGAGACUGGCACAAAUGAGAAGAUGCAUCUUCGGAUGUCAAGAGCUCAACUGAAGUCUGAAGAAACUGUCAGCAGUGCUAGCUCGCCAAGGCCAACAAGCUCAUCAAGUCCCAGAAAUGUGCUAAAGAAGGCAGAGCCUGAAAGGAGGUCUCGUCCACCUGUUUCACCAAAAUCUCCAAGCAAGAAGUCCAAUGAAGCUGUCUCUCCAAAAGGAAGAAUAAGAUCAAAGCCUUCUCAGGUGAAAUGCCACCGUGAAGAGGUCUUGCAGAGUACAGGGAACAGAAUAAGCUUAGCAAAGCAGGUUGAUGUCAGCGUUAUGGAUCGUGCAAAGCCUCCGGGUGGCAACUCAACCUUCGUUCCACCAAGCAAUGCUGCUGCAACAGCAAGUCACAAGGCUCCUUCAAUUCUGGGUUCAGACCAAAACAUUCAUUCACUGGACAACAUUCCAAGCCCUGUCUCUGUCCUUGAUACAUCCUUCUAUCAUAAAAGGAUCUCAGAUUCAUUCAGAGAUGGUGAGACACAUUCUUCAGAGGAAUGCUGGAACCCAAACAGCCUGCCUGACACGCCACAGUCAAAAGCGAGCAGUGAAGUCAACCAGAUUAAACCAGAAAAUUUGGAAGUUCUGAUCCAGAAGCUUGAGCAACUGCAAUCAAUGAAUGAAGAAGACGCAAGUAUCAAAGAAGUCAUGGCAUCAGUCACUGCAAAUAAAGAUCACCAGUAUAUAUAUGAGAUACUGUUGGCAUCUGGUCUUUUGCACAAAGAACAUAGUAUCGCAGUAUUACCUGGUCAACUCCAACCAUCAAAUUAUCCAAUCAAUCCGGAGCUCUUCCUCAUUCUUGAGCAAACAAAACCAGACUUAGUUUCCGCCUUCCACACUGUCAGCGGAGCUAAGAAAAGUUGUAAGCCUUACACAGGGAGGCUUCAUCGAAGACUUGUGUUUGACCUGGUAAAUGAAACAAUAGCUCAUAAGAUGAGCAUCUGCAGAUCUGGAAGGCAGACAGUAAAGUUUCUUCAAUCAAGGAAGUUAAGUGGGUGGCAACUAUUCAAGGAUUUAUGCACUGAGGUUGACAGGCUAAUAAAAUGCUCCGAGGAGGAGGAGAAUGAAAACAUGAUAUUAGAUGAGGAUACAGUCAAUGGAACGAAAGACUGGAUGAGCUUCGACACUGUGCUACAUGGCAUGGUUCGGGAAAUUGAACGAUCCAUCUUCAAGGGCCUUAUCGACGAGGUCAUCGGCGGUGAGACUACAGAGAAGAUGCAAUUUGUACAAAGGAAGCUGCAGAGGCAGCUUUCUUUCAGUAGUAUAAACUGA